AUGAAUAACAAUUUUUUUUUAAAAAAAAUUGUUAAUUUCUUUAGUUUAAAUUUAAAACAUUUUGUAAAUGAAUUGGAUUUAUAUACUAAUAUAAUUAGGGUUAAACAUAUUCAAAUUGUUAUUUUGAGCUGUAUUUAUUUAUUUUCUCCUUUUAACAUGGACUGUAUUUUAAGUUAUCGAAUAAUUAGUAUUAUUAUACAUGAUUUAAUUAAACAAUUCUUAGAAUCAUUAAAUCUUGAAAUUUUCAUUAUUAUUAAUUAA